ACAUUCGAGUCCACAACUCAGCACUGCAGUGUGAAGCGAGAAGAAAGUGAAAAUGGGGCAUCAAUACCAUCAAGCAACGGACGGGCUUCUGAACCUUUUCACAAAAGCCAAUCACGAUCUUUCUAUGGUUCAUCACCGUCUCGAAAAGGAAUUUCAACAUGUUUACCCUGACAAUGCAAACCCUAUGAAGCUGGUUUCUAGGAUAAAAAAGAUACAGGAUGAUAUAUCAACCUUGAAGGGGCAGUGCCAUGAGCUUCUGGCUGCCAAGCAGGAUUUGAUUGAUAAGGCUCAGAGAAAUCUUGUUGAGAACAGACAUUUAGUGCAGCGUAUGCAAGCAUCCAUGGGCAUGCCCCUCACUGGUGAAGAUGAUGCUGCAUUCACUAACUUUAAACAGAUAAUUGAAGAAUGGACAGUACAAUUAAGAUCCAAAACAGGGGAUGAAACACAUGAUUCUGACUCUGGAGAUCUCAACAAACUGCUCUUCUCAGCUAUAGUUCAAAGCAAUUGAACUGCUUCCAAAAGAUCGUGGAUGUCGCAGUUUUAUGUCAAGCUUCGAGGGUUAUCACAAAUGAUCUAUACUAUAGACAUGUAUUGUACUCUGCUUCCUAUUGGUUAUUCUUGUAUUAAGAUGUAGAUGUUCUGAUUCGUUCUCUAAACAGGUUUGGUUCUAUUGUCGGAGAGGCUACCAGAAAACAAAAUUUAUUUUACUUAAAAUGUAAAGAAAUGGAAUUGUGUA